CACAACGAACUGUCCCCAGAGAUUGCGUACUAGGCGGGUUGUCGGUUUCCUCCCAAAGUCGCAGAUCGGCGAAAACGUCGGAAUUUCCCCAUGAUCUGAUCACUUUAACCGGAAUUUGGAAACAUUAGAGUUGACAUAAGAACGUAGAAGCCCUGAGGAUCGCCAUGGACAAGACGGAGCUGUGCGAAUGCCUUGUACAAUGGCUCCAGACAUUCAACCUGAAUGCUCCACACAAGACAGUAGAGGAUCUUGGUGAUGGAGUUGCAAUGAGUGAAGCACUGUGUCAGAUUGCCCCAGACUAUUUCAGUGAGUCAUGGUUCGGCAAAAUAAAACAGGAUGCAGGGGAAAACUGGAGACUCAGGAUGAGUAAUUUGAAGAAGGUCCUUACAGGAGUGCUGGACUAUUACAGUGAGGUCCUGGGACAGCAGAUAAAUGACUUCACCCUGCCUGAUGUCACCUCCAUCGCUGAGAACUAUGAUGUGGAGGAGAUGGGCCGGCUGCUGCAGCUCAUACUGGGCUGUGCUGUCAACUGUGAUCGCAAACAGGAGUACAUACAGAACAUCAUGGGGAUGGAAGAGGCAGUGCAGCAUGCAGUCAUGAAUGCCAUUCAGGAGCUGAUGAACAAAGAGGCACCUGCAUCACCUGGAGUCCUGCCUGAGGUGGAGAAACAGCUGAGGGACACCAUGGAAGAAUUGAAUGAGGUGCGUGCAGCUAAAGAGGAGAUAGCUCAGCGCUGUCAUGAGUUAGACAUGCAGGUGCAGCAGCUGAUGGAGGAAAACACCCUGAUGAAGGUGGAGAAGGACGAACUGUCCGACAAAGUCAACCAGGUGGAUGGCUACGAAGACACCAGCUUUAUAGAAACCAUUCUGAGCGACGCCAGCACCCCGGCAGGCAGACGGUACAUCCAGCUCACUCAUCAGGUGGAGCAACUGCAGGAGGAGACCUACAGGCUAGAGACAGGGCGAGAUGAGUACAGACUGAAGUGUGAAGAGAUGGAGAAAGAGAUCUUGGACCUAGCAGGGAAGAAUGAAGAGCUGAUGGCCCUAGCUGCAGAGACACAGCUGCUGAAGGAUGAGAUGGACAUACUCAGGCAAUCUGCUGAGAAAACGUCCAAGUAUGAGCAGACAAUAGAAACAUACAAGAAAAAAUUGGAGGACCUGGCUGACUUGAGGAGAACAGUGAAGAUCUUGGAGGAAAAGAACACCGGUUACAUGCAGCAAACAGUUGAACUAGAGGAGGAACUAAGAAAAGCGAACACACUGCGCUCCCAGCUGGACAUGUACAAGAAGCAGGUGCAGGAGUUACAUGGUAAGGUGUCAGAGGAGACCAAGAGGGCGGACAAGGCAGAGUUCGAGCUGAAAAGAUCAACAGAAAAACUGGACACUGUCCAGAAAGAGAAACAGAGAAUAGUCAAUGAACGGGACACACUAAAGGAGACGAAUGAGGAACUACACUGCAUGCAGCUUCAGCAAGGAUCUCUUGCAGGCAUUGGUAGUAAUGUGGAGUCCCCAGUUGGCUCCCCCAUCCCAGAAGUGGUACCACCCGAAAUUAAGGAGAAGCUGAUCCGCUUACAGCAUGAGAACAAGAUGCUGAAGCUGAAGGCAGAGGGUUCGGAUGACGAGAGACUCGCCGUUUCCCAGGCGAUGUUGGAUGAUGCCCAGGCCAGGACGAAUGAACUAGAGACAGAGAAUAGGUUGGCCAACCAGAGGAUUCUGGAACUCCAAGGUCAGCUGGAGGACAUGCAGACAGAACAGGAAGAGGUCGGGUCACCUGCUAAAGACCAGGAUGAGUUUUCGGUAGCCUUGAGGAAAAAGCUUGAGGAACACAUGGAAAAACUCAAGGACGCAGACUCACAGCUUCAGAAGAAAAAGGAGUACAUCGAUAACCUGGAACCUAAAGUCUCUUCUAGUGCGGAGAAGAUCCAGCAGCUCCAGGAGAUGCUGAAUAAGAAGGAUGACGACAUGAAGGCCAUGGAGGAGCGCUACAAGCGCUACCUGGAGAAGGCCAAGAGUGUGAUCCGAACGCUGGAUCCGAAGCAAAACCAGUCAUCAACACCAGAGGUGCAGGCACUGAAGAACCAGCUGACUGAGAAGGAGCGGCUUAUCGACCAUCUGGAGAGAGAUCAUGAGAAGGCCAAGCUGACGAGAGAACAGGAAGAAAAACUUAUCGUAUCUGCUUGGUACAAUAUGGGUGCCCAGCUCCAUAGGAAAGCAGUGGAGGGCAGACUGGCCAAUGGUGGGCCGAUGCAGGGGGGACAGUCCUUCCUCGCCAGGCAACGACAGGCCACGUCACGCCGGACAACGGUCUCCACGACGCAUCCCGGUCAUGCUAGGUCUGUUAACUUUGUCAACUGAGCCGGGCACAUGUGCAGCACUGUCGAAUGGGUUUUAUUGUUCAUCAGACAUGAUUGUUAACUAGUUUAGCACUAUAUAUAAACAUUGUGGGCAUAAGUAUCAUAUAUUUAAUGGUUUAAUUAAGACACAUUCUAAGAAUGCUAACCGUAUGAUAAGAACAAAACUAAAGAACAAAACAAGAUUGGCAAGGAGCAUGUGGAAAAUGAAACCUAUUGCUAUAAAUUUUAUAAAAAAACUGUGCUUUUUAGUGCUAAACUUUAGUCAAAACUUUAGUCAAUGUUUUUGCAUAUGAAGGAAACACUCAAAUAGUUUUAAAGCAGUCAAAACUAGACCUCAUAGACUUGGAAAAUGGGAAAGUCUAAGUCAAAUCCAUUUUUUAUUUGAUUUAUUACCUAUUAUUAUUUACUACCUGUAAAUACUAAUGCAGAAGGUCAAGACUGCUAUUUCAAACAUUAGUUGCCAGACAAAAGAGUGACAAAGAUUGGCAAGCAGCACUUAUCACUUUCGCACACCAAGGUGGACACAUUAAGAUCAACUAAAACACUGUAUCAUGAAAACCCAUGGUCAAAAUAACAAAAGAGGACACUGUCUUUUCCUGCAACUUGUCAAGGCUGUGGUAAGUAUGUAUUUUUAGAUGGAUAGUAUUUUUAUAGAGGGCUGGUUUCAGCAGUAUAAAACUGCUACUUUGAACUACUAGUCACAGGAGUUGCCUAGAACUAAGGUCUGGUAUGAAUAUGGAUGUGACAAAAGCACAUGGCAGUGUACAUGUAAGGAAAAAUCUAGGGCAAAGUUGUUAUUUACAGUCUUAAUAUUCACAUACAUAUACAUGUAAACUGUAUACCAUUGUUCUACAACUGUAUAUGACUAGGAAAGUCAAGUGAUUAAGAACGUCAUGAGACUAUUUAAAUGUACACCAGUUUGGAUGCAGUUUAAUCUCUGAGACUGUCUCUGUCACAAUGUAUCACUUUCAGAUCAAUUGCAUAAUGAUUGUCUAUGUAUCAAGAUUUACAAAAUGUGCAAAUUCUGGCAAGAAAACUGUUCCUCUCAUUGAAUCUUCUUUCAACAUGGCUGUCAGAUAUCAGAUUAACUUCACUCAUGCUUUGCCGCCACACAUGAUUAGCUUAGUACUACCAUAUUUCUGCUUUCAAUCUUUUCCUGGCAUUAUUGUCUGAUUAUUCUUUUGCGCCAGCUGACUAACUGAACUGAACUGCUUCAUAACUAACAUCCUGUAUUUCUGCUGUUUUUGUUUACAGCGGUGAUGUGUUACCAUAGCAACCGUUUCCUUAGCGAUGCAUGUUGCAUGGUGGUGUUGGCUGGUGCUGGGUGGUGGAUAUCUGCACGUUGUACAUCUGCUCCAUAGCUACAUUUUAUAGGCAGUUUUACCUCAUUGUCCUUUUGUUGUCUCAUUUUUGUAAGUAAGAAAUGGAGCAAUUUUGUGUUUUGCAUGUUGUAGUGCAACAAAUCUGUUUUGUCUAAUGCUGUAAUUUUCAAUGGGAGUGAUGUGCACAUCAAGUUUGAUCAACACUGGUUGUGCUUUUGGAUGUUUUUGUAAAGAUACAGCAAAAUGGAACAAGUUUGAAAAACAGAGACCAACCCAUGAAGAGUACUGUAUCUAUCUGAAAUCAUCUCAAUUGGCAUGAAAUAUUUCAUUUAAUAGUGUUAGAUUGUAAGCUUAUGUUUAUGGGGCAGGCAAGGAUAGGUUGUAGGGGGUGUGCAGUUGGAAAAAAGUUGCAGGAGGUUGCACAAUGGCCCUCUCUGGAAGUAAAUUGUUGCAGGAAUUAAUAACUUGAAAAAUAACAUCCCUUGCAGUUCUUCACCUUGCCCUGUCCUUAUCCAGUGCAACCGUGGUAACUCCAUUGUGUAAAAUCAAACAUAUACAUUUACCUUGGAACAGUUUUUAGAAAAAAUCUCAGAAAAGAUUGCUUGUAAUCCCAGCCAAGCAUACACUGUAUGUACAUAUACACUAAUGUGAUUAUGUCAAAGGCCCAUGUCAUAUCCCUCGCUCACAUGAUUGCUAUGUAAAUAAUUGUAGAAUCUCUUUGGUUGGUUGUUUUGUAUUGAGUGUUUGUCUCAGUAGUCCUGCAGUUCCCAAGUGCAGUGCUAGAUGGGGCUGCCAGAAGUGGUACCCACAUGAAGACUAUAUGGAAAGCAAAUGAAACUGGUGCAUGUUUUCAACCUUCCCAUUCCAAUAGAAAUGUGAUUUGUCAUCAUAUCAAUACAUUAGCUCUAUGA